CUUUAUUUUUAAUGUUUACAAGAAGUGUAGAAAGUUGUGACCGGUUAGCAGUUUUACGUUUUAUUAUUAUUAUUAUUCUGUGCUUUUACAAUAUUAUAUAUACCAUAUGGUAUAUUUAAAAAUGAACACAAUUUGUUGUUCAUGCUAAUGAUCAUUCAUUAAUCAUCGUUACCGAUUGACACUUAGGUGAACCUCAAUCGUUCAAGAAAAAAAUGGAGUAAUUUCUGAAACUAAGGGUAAUAGAAUAAGAAUAAGAUGCCUGGUAAAGUGAAAGUUCGUGUUUUGGCUGGCCGAAAUUUGCCUGUCAUGGAUCGAUCCAGUGACACUACUGAUGCUUAUGUUGAAGUAAAACUAGGAAGUACUACAUACAAAACUGAUGUUUGCAGAAAGUCAUUAAAUCCUCAGUGGAACUCUGAGUGGUAUAAAUUUGAAUUGGAUGAUACAGAGCUUCAGGAUGAACCACUACAAAUUAGAAUCAUGGAUCACGAUACAUAUUCUGCCAAUGACGCUAUUGGAAAGGUUUACUUUAAUUUAAAUCCAUUACUUUUACCACAACCAACCGUUGUUCAGUUAUCGGGACAGCAAACAUUAGCCGAAACUCUGAUAUCAAAUCAAAGUCAAACUACAGGAGGCUCUGUAGUGUCUGGAUGGUUUCCUGUUUUUGAUACCAUGCAUGGUAUUCGAGGGGAAGUCCAUAUCAUUAUCAAAGUUGAGCUCUUCUCUGAUUUUAAUAGAUUUCGCCAAUCCUCGUGUGGAAUUCAAUUUUUUUAUUCUGGAGCUGGCAUUACUGCGCACACAGAAUGGGUACACGGUUUUGUUGAAGAAUUAGUCGUCGAAGAUGAUCCAGAAUAUCAGUGGCUAGAUAAACUUCGUACACCCAGAGCAACUAAUGAAGCACGCCAGACUAUAUUUUUGAAACUUUCAAAUGAAGUGCAACGGCGGAUUGGUUUAAAAGUCCUUGAAUUAGGAGCCAAUGCAGUUAUUGGUUAUAACCAAUAUUUUGAUUUGGAAGGCGAAUCUGGAAUUGUAGUUCGCGGUAUUGGAACAGCUGUUACAUUAGUUCGCCAUUUAACUUUACCAUCGGUUAAUUUAAAUGUGCCUUCAACAAUCGACGAUUUGGAUUUUCCUAAUUAUUUAUCAUCGAUUGAUAAUAAUAACUGUACUAGCACACUAAUAAACAACAGUAUAAACUCCUGUCCAAUUCGUAAAGUGUCUCCUAACAUUUUAAAAUCAAAUACAGUCGAUUUUGCUGAAUUAUCGAGUAUGAAAAGCCUGUUUGACCAAGAAGAUAGGCGCAAAUCAAAAGUAAAACGCCAAAAUCGUUUCUUAAAAGCUUUUCAAAACACACAACAUAAGCUUAAAAAAAAACAUAAGUAUUCGGCUUCUGUCGAAUCGGCAAGUUCAUCAUCCGAUCACGAUAGGCACUAUAAUACUUGUAAUUCAGCUUUAGGAUUUUUGGCUCAAGCAACCCUAGAAAUAAAUUCCUCAUUUGAAAUGCCAUCAGAGUCUGAUGAAACUCAUGCUCAAACUUUCAAAAGACAACUCGUUAGACAACCUAGUGUUGAAACGCAAGCCUCAAAAUUAUCUUUAGAAUAUUUAUUUCACCGUGAUGCACAAGGUUUUCAAAAAGAUGGAAACAAGUUGCCUGAUAUUGUAUUGCCAUCAUCAAGUUCGUUAAAUUCUAAUUCUGAUUCAACAGCAGAGUCUGAAGUGGCUAUUGGGUUUGACUCCUCCGAUCUCAAUGUAAGAGAUUUGUCUCCCGGCAUUUCUGAUAAUCCAACUUAUUAUUCAGACUCGUCAGGCUCUGAGGAUCAUGAUUCACUGGAUUUAGUGAGCACCAAUUCUGAGUCUUUAUCCCAUACACCUCCGCUUUCAAGAAUCGUCACCAAAGACAGGCCUGAAACACCACCACUUUCAAAAAUUGUGUAUCUAAGUCACACUAAAUCAAGUUUUCUUAGUCCUUUAACAGAUAUGUCCAGGAGCGUGUCACCUUAUAACUCUAGUAGUUUUAGUAAUUCACAGAGUACAGUUUUACACAGCACACCACCUCCAACAGUGGUUUCUAAUAACGAUGUAGAAUGUACCAUUAACAAUGAACCCAGCUUAAUAGAACCCGAAGAAAAUGUGUGUAGCGCUUUUUCUGAUAUUAUAACUGCAUCAGAGUGUUCUCCGCAUGCUUCUAACUGUGAUGACAGGAAUGGAGAAAUGGCUGAGUCGCCUGUCAAAGUCGCACACCUUCAGAUGCAUCGAAGGUCGUCGGACUCUGAAAUCAGUAGCGUUCAAAAAGGUACGAGUCUAACCGGAAGCUGUGGCUCAACGUCCAGUUCACAUCGUGUCCACGGACAUGCUAUGUUUCAUCGAUCGAUCUUAAGCAAAGAUACUCUGGAUGCAAUGGAAUACCCAUUUCUUACGAUGACCAAAUAUCCUCCUGGUUUUAUUGUACACAUAGGCGGAAUGGUGAAUGCGAAGUCAGUAAAAUUACUCGAACGUAUGUCAAACAUGGAAGAGCCAGAAAGUAGAGAUUCGUGGUGGAGUGAGUUAAGACUUGAAAUGAGAUCUCACGCUAGAGCACUGUCUUGUAAUGUCGUUUUAGGAUAUACAGAACAUACAGCCAUAUGUGAUGAUGUAUGUGUGCUGAGCGCUAUGGGGACAGCCGCAGUAGUAAAUCUUAUUCCAUCGGUGAAUCCCAGUGGAUAUUUUGCUGGUAUAUAUCCUAGUGCACCUCUUGCCGAAAUCCCGGAACCCAAAGCCACAAAUACACACUCUUGUUCUAACAGACUACAUAAACACUCGGUAAGUGGAAGUCACGAGAAGUUAGAUACAACGUGUUCAGUUUGCCAUAUACCAUAUAACGAGCUAAAUGUACCAUUUUCCAUGAACAUGAAGUAUUGUUCUUGUUGCAAACGUCACAAAGUUCCUCAUAUACUAUUGUCGUCGUUGGAACCUAUGGAAAGGCUUUCUAUUAUUGGCACGGGUACUUUACUGCAAACUUUUGUUUGUCGAACAAAACGGGAUCUUAAAGGAGAAAUGAAUGCUAAAGAAAUAUCGGAUGGCUUACCAUUCUUAGAGUAUGAACUCCACAGCCAGCUAUUAAAUAAAUUACGAGUCAAAGGAAUGAAUGCAAUAUUUGGGUUAAAAGUACAAGUUUGUCUUGGAGAACGAGUUGUUUCUUUACACGCUACCGGUACUGCAAUGUAUGUUGCAUGUUUACCCGAGCCUCCUUUGCCACUAGUAAAAGCUGGAAAAUCUUGGGCUCACCCCGACCAACAACAAGUGUUACGAACCCAAAAAUUACUGAACGAUGCUGUCAUUAAUAAUAGAAGUCACUAUCACCUCAAUCAGAAAGAAGAAGAGCAUGAAAAAACUUCAUCGAAUACUUUUGGUAAAACUUUACCCGAUUUAAACUUGGGUUAUGGAAACAGAGACACUUGUAUUUUGGAGAUGGAUGAUGCAGAAGACGUAGACGUAGUAACCCAACUGUUAGAACCCACUCCUCCUAGCUCUUUUCUACUAUCUAACACAGAUGUACUUCCUGGUACUGGUUCAGAAGUGUUUCCUAUGGAACCAGUAUGUAAUCUUCAGAUGUUUACUCAAGUUUGGCGGUCUAAAGCACAUUAUACUAAUGGAAAUUUCGACAAACAACUUCAACGAAUGCUUCAAGGGUUGUUUUUCAAAUUGAGAAGAAUGACACCGUGCGGUCUGGGUAAACUGUCGUUUAAGAUAGAUAUACCAGAAUUGGAUGAGUUACAAAUAUCAAUAGUCGGUAUGGCGCUAGGCCUGGGUGAAUCGGAUAAAACUACUGCCAAACAAAUUUUGCGAAGAAGACAAUUACCUAUUAAAGAUUUUGAUCAAAAAGCUGAAGAACUAAUUUUUAAAUUAGAAGAAGAGCUUCCAAUAAGUCUGGGAGAAAAAAAAGUUAGAAAAUUUGAAAGAGCCCCACGACAAAGCAGGCUAUCUACACAUGCAGCUCCAAAAGACAGAUACGGGGUGGACAUCACGCCGAUGACUUAUAUUCCUGGUGCCAAAAUUGAACGUUAUCUGGGCAAUUUGAAUUUCUUUUUUAUACGCGAGAGCACGUGUAUAAGAGAAAGCGGUGGUUUAAGUGGAUUUGUUCACUGUUUUGUCGCUGAAGUAAUGGCCAUUGUACGUGCACAUGUAACAGCAUUAGGAGGUAACGCAAUGGUUGCCUACUUCAUGAACGAAUGUAUACUUCUCAAUAAUCCACAUAAAAACCAAGGGCAAUGUUUACUUAACGUGGGAGGCGAUGUCGUCGAAGUAUCAUAUUAUAAUGAUGAUUAAAACAAUGUACUUAGUAAUUGUAUAUCAUGAAACCCUAUAUUAUUUAAUUAUAUUUAUUUAUGCAUAUGUAUAUUUAUUUUUAACAAUUGCCAAAUUUUGAGUGAUCUGUUUUUGUAAUACCUUAGUAUUAUUAGAUUAAUAAUUUUUAUAGUGUACAAUUAUAAUAUUACUUACUAUACAUUUUUUUAAAUUAUAUUUUGUAGCACUGAU